AUGGAUUAAAAAGCUACAUAUAGGACAAGUGUUCGUAGAGCAACAGUACAAGUUGGUGGAAGCCCUUCAAAUAUGUACAGACCAGAAUAUUGUAAUAUAAAAAUGUAAUUUUUAAAGAGGUUGAGCAAUUUGGAUUGUAAGCCAGUCCUAGAGAUACUUCUAAAAUAUGGGAAUUGAUGGAUUCGUACUAGGGAAGUGAUAAAUUAGCAUUGUAAUAAUCGAUUGUACAUCAUGUUGAGUACACGUUGGCAAGAACACGCUUUGAUUUCUCAAAAUUUCAUAGUUAUUAAGCUUUGUCUCAUUCUGUAAGAGAUAGAUUGAUUGAAGCAUUUAAUGAUACAAAUUUACAUUUUCAUUAAAUGGAUGCCAAACGUAUAUACUAUUUGAGUUUGGAAUUUUUGAUAGGGAGGUGUUUAUAAAAUGCAUUAGUCAAUUUAGAUUUAGAAGAUGAUUAUAGAGAAGCAUUAUUAGAACUUGGAUAUAAACUAGAAGAGUUAUAUGAUGAAGAAGUAGAUCCUGCUUUAGGUAAUGGAGGUUUAGGAAGAUUGGCAGCUUGUUUUUUGGAUUCAUUAGCUACAUUAAAUUAUCCAUCAUUUGGAUAUGGAAUAAGAUAUACUUAUGGAAUAUUUAAAUAAUUAAUUAAAGAUGGUUAUUAAGUAGAAUCACCAGAUUUUUGGUUGAAUUAAGGAAAUCCAUGGGAAAUAGAAAGAUUAGAUGUUUAAUAUUAAAUUAGAUUCUAUGGUUUUGUAAAAAAAGUAUGGGAUCAUGGAGUUGAAAGAAGUGUUUGGGAAGGAGGUGAAACUAUUAUGGCUAGAGCAUAUGAUACACCAAUUCCUGGAUAUAAUACAUAAAAUACAAUAGCAUUAAGAUUAUGGAAAUCACAUCCUGCAUCAGAAUUCGAUUUUAGUAGUUUUAAUACAGGAGAUUAUUUUAAAGCAUUAGAAUAAAGAUAAAAAGCAGAAUAUAUAACAUCUGUUUUAUAUCCAAAUGAUUCAACUGAUGCUGGAAAAGAAUUAAGAUUAAAAUAAUAAUAUCUUUUGGUUUCUGCCAGUAUGUAAGAUAUUGUAAGAAGAUUUAAGAGAAGAAAAGUUUUAGAUUGGAAUGCAUUUCCAUCUAAAGUUGCNUUAAUAUAUAAAAUAAAAAUGGAUUAAAAAGCUACAUAUAGGACAAGUGUUCGUAGAGCAACAGUACAAGUUGGUGGAAGCCCUUCAAAUAUGUACAGACCAGAAUAUUGUAAUAUAAAAAUGUAAUUUUUAAAGAGGUUGAGCAAUUUGGAUUGUAAGCCAGUCCUAGAGAUACUUCUAAAAUAUGGGAAUUGAUGGAUUCGUACUAGGGAAGUGAUAAAUUAGCAUUGUAAUAAUCGAUUGUACAUCAUGUUGAGUACACGUUGGCAAGAACACGCUUUGAUUUCUCAAAAUUUCAUAGUUAUUAAGCUUUGUCUCAUUCUGUAAGAGAUAGAUUGAUUGAAGCAUUUAAUGAUACAAAUUUACAUUUUCAUUAAAUGGAUGCCAAACGUAUAUACUAUUUGAGUUUGGAAUUUUUGAUAGGGAGGUGUUUAUAAAAUGCAUUAGUCAAUUUAGAUUUAGAAGAUGAUUAUAGAGAAGCAUUAUUAGAACUUGGAUAUAAACUAGAAGAGUUAUAUGAUGAAGAAGUAGAUCCUGCUUUAGGUAAUGGAGGUUUAGGAAGAUUGGCAGCUUGUUUUUUGGAUUCAUUAGCUACAUUAAAUUAUCCAUCAUUUGGAUAUGGAAUAAGAUAUACUUAUGGAAUAUUUAAAUAAUUAAUUAAAGAUGGUUAUUAAGUAGAAUCACCAGAUUUUUGGUUGAAUUAAGGAAAUCCAUGGGAAAUAGAAAGAUUAGAUGUUUAAUAUUAAAUUAGAUUCUAUGGUUUUGUAAAAAAAGUAUGGGAUCAUGGAGUUGAAAGAAGUGUUUGGGAAGGAGGUGAAACUAUUAUGGCUAGAGCAUAUGAUACACCAAUUCCUGGAUAUAAUACAUAAAAUACAAUAGCAUUAAGAUUAUGGAAAUCACAUCCUGCAUCAGAAUUCGAUUUUAGUAGUUUUAAUACAGGAGAUUAUUUUAAAGCAUUAGAAUAAAGAUAAAAAGCAGAAUAUAUAACAUCUGUUUUAUAUCCAAAUGAUUCAACUGAUGCUGGAAAAGAAUUAAGAUUAAAAUAAUAAUAUCUUUUGGUUUCUGCCAGUAUGUAAGAUAUUGUAAGAAGAUUUAAGAGAAGAAAAGUUUUAGAUUGGAAUGCAUUUCCAUCUAAAGUUGCUGUAUAAUUAAAUGAUACACAUCCUGCAUUAGCUAUUGUUGAAUUACUUCGUAUUUUAAUAGAUAUUGAAUAAUUGGAUAACAUGAGUGCUUGGUAAAUUGUUACUAAAUCUUUUAAUUAUACAAAUCAUACAGUAUUACCAGAAGCUCUAGAAAAAUGGGGUGUACCUUUAAUUGAAAAAUUGCUUCCAAGACAUUUAGAAAUUAUAUAUUUAAUUAAUUUCUUAUUUUUAGAAAAAGUACAAUAAAAAUAUCCAAACAAUUGGGGUAAAUUAAGUGCUCUUUCAAUUGUUGAAGAAGAAGGAACUAAAAAAGUAAGAAUGGCUAAUCUAUCUAUUGUUGGUUCAAAAUUUGUUAAUGGAGUAGCUAAGAUUCAUACAGAAUUAUUAAAAACAACUAUAUUUAAAGAAUUCUUUGAAAUGCAUCCUAAUAAAUUUUAAAAUAAAACAAAUGGAGUUACUCCUAGAAGAUGGGUGAGAUGUGCAAAUCCUGCAUUAGCUGCAUUAUAUGAUAGAGUAUUAGGUAGUGAUAAAUGGGUUUAAGAUAUGGAACUAUUGAAAUAAUUAGAACCUAAUGUUUCAGAUCCUUAAUUUGUUAGAGAUUUCUAAAUGAUUAAAAUGGAAAAUAAGGAAAGAUUUGUUCAUUGGAUUAGAAAGACAUGUUAAGUUGAUUUAAAUAUUGAUUCAUUAUUUGAUAUUUAAGUCAAAAGAAUUCAUGAAUACAAAAGAUAAUUAAUGAACAUAUUAUAUGUUAUUUAUAGAUACUUGGUCAUUAAGGAAUCUUCACCUGAAGAAAGAAAAAGAAUUGUACCUAGAAGUGUAUGUUUUGGUGGUAAAGCAGCUCCUGGUUAUGUUAAUGCAAAAAGAGUUAUUAAAUUAAUUAAUUCUGUUGCUGAUGUUAUAAAUAAUGAUCAUUAAAUUGGAGAUCUUUUAAAAGUAGUUUUUAUGCCUAAUUAUAAUGUCAGUAAUGCUUAAAUUAUUAUUCCUGCUGCAGAAUUAUCUUAACAUAUUUCAACUGCUGGAACAGAAGCAUCAGGUACAUCAAAUAUGAAAUUUAUUAUGAAUGGAUGUUUAAUAUUAGGUACCUUGGAUGGAGCUAAUGUAGAAAUUGAUGAAGCAGUUGGAAGAGAAAAUAUUUUUAUUUUUGGAACUUAAGUUGAAGAUGUUGAUAAUAUGAAAGAAAAAAUGAGAAAUACAGAUCCUCAUGAAUAUUUCCCAUAAGAAUUAUUGAAAGUAUUUUAAGAAAUUGAUAAUGGAAGAUUUGGACAUAAUUAAGAAUUGAAAUGGAUUAUUGAUAGUAUAAGACAUAAGAAUGAUAAUUAUUUGGUUGGUUAAGACUUUAAAGACUAUAUAAAAGCAUAAUAAUAAGUAAAAAUUAAUUCUAAUAAUUUUAGGUUGAUGACUUAUAUCGUUAACCAAAUGAAUGGGCCAAAAAAAGUAUUUACAAUGCUAUCAGAUCUUUUAAAUUUAGCAGCGAUAGAACCAUUUAAGAAUAUGCUGAAGAAAUUUGGCAAUUGAAACCAAUAAAAGUUCCUGAACCAGCAGCUUAAAUGCAUGAAAGAGUCAAAGGUAUUACUUUGAGCAAAUCGUAAUAAGAAAUGGCAGAAAAAAUAAAAAAUUGAUAUCAAU